AUGGCUGACGUUACAGUUGAUGAAGUAGUGGACUCUUUAGUUAAAGAAAUAGAGAAUGAAAUGGAAAAUACAAUAAGUAGUACAGACCAUGUACCCUUACUCCCCGGAAUAAAACCAACAUAUCAGAUACCGUUGAAAGAUAUAGGCAAUGACACCAUGGAAAUGAUUGUCAACUAUAAUACUGAUACUAAUGGUAUUACUAGUAGUACAAUCGAGAGUGAAGAUAGAGAAGCACAAGAAGAGACAAUGAAUAGAACCAGCAGUUUAGAUUUAUAUCAUGAGAGUAAUUACAUCGAUGGUGAGCAAGAAGAAGAAGUUAUUAAGAGUGUCAGGGAGUAUACGUUGGCUGAUUAUGAUUUAAGUAUAGGAUCCAUUGGAACAUUGAGUACUGGCCAUCACGAUACAGCUAAAGAGGUAGAAAAUAAUGAGGAAGAGAAGUUAAUAAGUAAUGACAAUGAUGAUGGUGAGGAUAGCAUGCUUGAAACUAAGGAAAUUUUUUUAAAUAAUAAUGGGAAUGACCAUAAUACUGUAAGCAGGUCUCGAGAUACAUUUAAUGAAAAUACAGAUCUUAGAGAUGAUGAUAAACUCUUAGAGGAAAGAGCUCUAGAGAAUAGUGUACCCAGAAUGCAACAAGAAAAUGAUAAUCAUGAUGAAGAAAGCUUGGAUACUACGCCUUCAUUGAACGACAAAGAUAUAUACAAUGAAAUAGAAACGACCACUUGCUCCGAAAAUCAUGAACCUGACACUUUUUCCGAACACUCAUUGAUAGUAGACCAUGAGGACGUAGGUGACGUUCAUUUCAAACCUUUAUCAACUAUUGGAGGGUUGGGUUCAACAAAAUCAGACAUGAUAUUAACAUUACCCUCAAAUGAAAGUCGUUUGAAUAACAAUGAUUAUAUUGACUUUAAUGGAUCAUUUGAUUUACCAGGAAUCGUUGAUCAAGAUCCUAUUGUUAUGACUACUAUAUUUGAAGAUGGGGCCAGUACAAUGACAGAAAAUAUACCAACUAUGUCGAAAACUGGUCAACUACCAAACGAUUAUCUCUCUAUCUGGCAUUUUCAAAAUGGCGGUAAUAAUACUGCUAAAACACACACUGGAAAAGCAAAUUCUCCUGCAUUAAGUAGUGCUUCGAGAUUCUCAGAUGGUACAGUGACCACUUUGGUUAACUCAUUACAAGGUCAACAACAAACAGAUGGAACCCCUAGUAAUUCAAAUUUCUCGUUUAAACCACGUCUAGUUAGUAGAAGUAAAGUUCAUUAUCCAAAUUCAAAGGAAAGUAGCAGAGUAAAUUCAAGUGAAGUGAAUGCUGUUGUUAUUUCAGAAGGACAUCGACCUUACUCAAGAGUUUCUUCCUUAGGAACCAGUAACAUCUAUUCCAAUGGGGAGUAUGCGUUUAUGGGUGAUGUCAUCGAUAAUAGUAUUGACUUUUCAAAAGAAAACCCUCUAGAGUUUACAUUUAAUGAUAAUGGAGAUUUUUCUAAAUUAAAUUCUUUUUCUUUUCUACCUGAAACAAGUCUGGUUAAAAAGUUAGCAGAUGUUAGCCAUGGAGAUUCAUCUGAGACUUCAUUUCAAAACCUUGAACAAUCAUUAUCAACAAUAAUUGAUUUUGACAAGCCUAAUGUUCUUUCGAAUUACCUUGAGAACGAACUAGGUACUGGAUUUGGGGAUUUCCUCAACUUAAUUGAUGAAAAAAAUUCAGAUAACUUGCAAACCAAUAAUUCUGAAAUUAUUGAUUCUGAUUCAAUUAACCAGCCCAAAGAUCAAAAUAACAAUAUUCAGUCAGAGUCAAGUUCAAUUAAUAAUGAUACAAUCCUAUUCGAACAUUUUGAGUCCAGGACACCAGUCAAAAGUAUUGAGCCAAGACAAUUAGUAAGUAAAUCUCAUACUGAGAGUCCUAUCAAAGUUAUCGGAAGAAUAAAUCAUACACUCCCAACAAAACUUACGACAUAUGAUUCGAAUAAAAUUUCAAAACCUGAAUUCGUCGAGCCAUUUUCAGAAGACAGUGUAAUAGAGAACUCUGCAUCUUUGGAGCAAUCAAGUGUCGUAACAAAGGAAAGUUCUCUGCUUGAUGAAGCAGUCAUCCCAAAUGUGGAAGUGAUUACGAGAACUUUAACUGAUCCAUUACCGGAUGCAGGUAAACUUUACAUCUCAUUUGAAACAUUAUCAUUUUUCGAUUUGGAAGGUGUUGAAUCACAUAAAUCAAAAUUCUCCGUCCAAUGUAAACUUGGUGAUAUACAAUUAAAUACACCAUACAUGGCACUAACCAAUUCACAACUCGAUAUAAAGAAGGAUUUGGUUAUAACUCUUAAGGAUGAAUUUUUUGAACAACAGAAUAAUACACUAGAAAUUCUUAUUAAAUGUACGUACGAAAAAGUUAAAACGGAUUUAGUGCCAGUAAAAGAAAAGGUUCAAGUUGGUAAGAGACAUUUGUUCCGUAAGACCAAGUUUAUUUACAAGACUAGAUAUGUUCAAAGAGCCCUAGAUACUGACAGAUGGGAUCAUAUAUUCGGUCCUAAUGGUGAAUAUUGUAAAGGUUCAUACACAUUUUCCAAAGAUGAAUUAGAAGAGGUUAAAUUCCAGAAGAAGAAUAUUAGUAUAUCAUUAAAAAAUAAGUGGGCUAAAGGAUUAAACCCAUAUGAAGUAACAAGUUUGAGAACAAAAAUUAGUUGUAUCUCCAGAACUUCCAAGGACGAAAUCAUGCCAAAUGACAUAAAAGUGGCUAAUAGAAUUUUAGAUAAAUAUAGAAGACAGCAAAGCAUAUGCAAAUCGGGAUAUAUGAUUCAAGAUGGAGGUGAUUUAUCUGGUAGAAUACAGAGAAGAUAUUUUGAACUGGAUGGUAAUGUAUUAACAGCGUGUCAUGAAACAUCACAUAAGCCUCUUUUGUUAAUUAACCUCCUUAAUGUUAAAAAUGUUUCUGGUUAUGAGACUUAUGACGAGAAGGACAAAAGAAAAUUUACAAAUCUUACAGAUCUCAUCUUGCUAAAUGAAUGUAUUCAAUUAGUUUUCGAAAAUGGUGAAGUCAUAAGCUUUAACAUCGAAGGAGGGGAAGAGGAUAAGUCAGAUUGGUUUAUGAAACUAAACGAAGUUGUUCAAUUGAAUAUUUCACACCAACCUUGGGUCAAAAAUCUCCUUAGGGAAGAAAAAUUCAAAGACGGUUCAGUAGACAAUCUAAAAUAA